UAUGCUAGGAGGGUGGGGAAUCCAUCAGAACCGAAAUUCGGCCGCAUUUUCGUCCGCAGGGACGGGAAAGGGGGCGUCCAGACCCACCCCAGCCCAACUCGGUAGGACGGCCGAACUCGGACCCGCCGCCCCAUCUGAUCUGGCCAAGACUCGGCAACUUUGCAUCUGAAAAAAGAACCUGCAUUAGUAUUAUGUAAGAUAAGCAGAAAUGUCAGACGAUCUCAAGAAACGAUUUGAAUUUCCCAACACCCUUGUCCAGUCACAGGCUGUGAGUUAUCUAAUUGCUGCAGUGAUAAAGGAAAAUGUGUCAAAAAAGAUAUGUGAGUCCACCCUUCAGACUCCUGCUUUGACCUUGCUUUGGGAGAAGUGCUGCAGUGACAAUGUGAUUGUGCGAUCUACCUGCUGUGAAGGUCUGGUGGCGCUUGUUGCACAGGAUUAUGCGGAGUUCAGCUAUAUACUGGAUGGAAUACUCAAUCUGAUUCCUUCAGCCAGAAAUACACAUGAUUUGGUAAAAGCUAUUGUGAAAUUAUUGCAAAUGCAGGCACUUAAGGUGGAAAAAUGUGGAGAAAAGUCUACCCAGGAGCUAUAUAAAAUCAGUUAUCCUCCUCACCCUCUUAUCACCGUGCUUGAAUACAGACCUGAUUGUUGGCCAGUUCUUCUGCAACAGUUGACUUUGUUUUUCCAACACUGCCCAGAAAGGGCAGAGACUUCAUGUGUCCAUGUGAUGGCUCCAUUUCUGCAGUAUCUAUAUUGUGAACCAUCCCAGCUGCACGAGUAUUCUCAGUUGAGAAUGGGUCUGCUUAAGCCUUUAUUUCGGUCCCAGGGUCCAUGGGACAAGGAAAAACCAUCAACUUUGGUACAAAAUAUCCUUCAGCUGUUUUGUGACUUAGUUCCACACUUUCGGAUGAAGGAUGAGAUACAAGUCACAGAAAUUACAUUGUUGCUUGAGGAACUGUGUUUAAGUCUUUUGCGCCAUCCCUGUUUUUGGAAGAUUGAGCUUACCCAACUGAGCUUUCAGCUUCUCUGCCUCUCUGAGGUCAGCCUGAGGAUAACUGGGGAAUGUGCAUCUUUUAUUCAUCUUAUAGAGCAAAGUUAUGAACAAGGGAAAGAGGAUUUUCCAGUUGAACAAGCCAUAAUGGGAAUAGCUGUACUUAUUCUACAGGCUCCAUUAAGUCAGCAGAAGCCAUUGUUAAGUCUAGCUUUUCAGCUCCUCUCUUAUGCCGGAUCCCACCACUCCCCAAGCUCAGCCCAGCUGCUGCUGAUACCAGUACUGCAGAUCGUCUCCUCCUCUGCCCCUGAGGACAGCAUAUCAGAGCAAGAUGAUGGCCCAUCUAGGCACCAUCUGGCUUUAAAGCUUUUGGAAAUGAUACAGCAAGAGAGUCCCAAAGAACCAAACCAAUUGUUGCCUUGGAAGCUUUCUUUCCCCGUGACAAAUAUGUAUGGAUCGUUGUUUACCACCUGGCGGAUCUUCGAACUCAUGAAAGACGAGGCCAAUGUGCGUGACUGGUUGUCUUCCAUUAAAUCAUUGCUGCCUAUCACUACUCAAGUUCCUGUACAUGUUUAUCUUCUUCUGGCUCACCUCCUGAUUCAAGAAAAUGGACCCAGUCUUCAGAACGUUCUGUGCGCCACCACAGAAAUCGCUAAAGUUGAUUCUUCUCAGGUACCAAAUCUAGUCUCAGUCUUGAUGUUUAAGUUGGGAAAGCCACUGGAACCUGAACUUUAUCGUGACAUCUUGUAUACUUUGCCAGCCCUGGGGGUCCACAAGAUCGGUGUAGUUCAGAUUUUGCGAAUAAUUAAGAUCCUGGGAAACACCCCCAAACUUGGAGCCAUCGCUCUACGUCUGAUGACAUCUUUGUGGGAAAAACAGGAUCGCAUCUACCCUGAUUUGCAGCAGUCCAUGGCAACAUCUGAUGGACCAACUCUGCUUGUUGGCAAGGACACUCAAUGGGAGAAAUUGAUUGCCAAAGCCUCCUCCAUAAGAGAUAUUUGUCGGCAUAGGCCAUAUCAGCACGGUGCAGACAUGUUGGCAGCAAUUUCUAAGGUGCUGAAUGAGUGUACUAAGCUUGAUCAGUCUACACCAGCAGCCUUGGUGUUACAAGGUCUUCAUGCACUCUGUCAAGCUGAGGUGGUUUGUAUUCGCUCUGUGUGGGAGGUACUGUCCCCAGAGUUGGGCUGUGAAGCACGACCUCUCAUUUUAAAGGCAAUCAGCGAACUCUUUGCUCUGGUCCCUUCUUUGACAGUGAACACACCAGAAUAUGAGAAAUUUAAAGCCCAAGUUGUCAGCUUCCUUUGGAAUCACUCUCAAAGCAAGGACCCCAUGGUAGCCUCCGCUGCAUACAAAUCUCUAUCAGAAUUUGGUUCAGAAGAAAACAACAUCUAUCAUCUGCCUGAAAAGGCAAGACCAGAAAUGGAACUCGAGGAAGAACUGAAUGAAGAUGAAGAAAAAGAGGAGGACCUCUCAGUCCCUGGUUCUUCAUAUAUCAAACUGCUGUCCCUCAGUCUUCCUGCUGUCUUUCCAGCACUGGAAGAGUUUUUUGUGUCACUUGUGAAGCAGGAGAUGGUGAAUAUGCCCCGUGGUGUGUAUCAUUCUGCACUACGAGGAUCCAUGGCACGUUCAGACCAAGGAAAGAUUGUCGCAGGAAUCCCCAAUUUCAUGUUGAAAAUGUACGAGAGGAACAAGCAACCAGGACUGAAACCAAGCCUUUCAGCUGGCAUGCUACUGUGUUAUGAUAUUCCCAUCCAUGUGGACAAAGAUGGCAGGCCCAUUAACCGUUUUCUAGCCAGUAGAGGGCGGAGUUUCCAGCAAACGUUAGUAGCUCUUUUACAUGAGGUGGGCUUCCAGUCCUCAGAGUGGCAUCGGUCCAUUAUGCUGCCAUACUCCUGGCUUGGAUUUAUGAAUAGAACAUUCCAUGCAGCUCUACAGGGAAGGCAGGCAGAUCUGGACUUGCAGUUAAAACAUGGAAAAGAUAAUUCUGAAGAGUUGCAGAACAAAAAAAUUACAGCCUGGCUCUGGGUCAGAGACAUGCUCACUGAUGUUAUCAAGUUGGCUUCAAAGGACAAUCCAGUGGUUAAAGGGAACUCACUCCUAGCCUUAAGCAGUCUUAUCAUUGUUGUAUCUAAGUAUGAAAGCAGUCUAUCCACAGAAAUUGACCGCAGACUAGAGGCUGAGCGUGAUUUUCUUCCCACCAUCCAGUGGAUUUCUAUUGUGGUGGAGACCCUCCUGACUAUUGUAGAUGGUCAUUACCACCCCAGGGGACAAGUGUAUUCUUGGUUCUAUCAUAAAUCCUACACUGGUGAAAACACAGCAAGUGCCAUUGUCCAGUCCUGUGCUGCCAUAGGGCUGGCUCUCUUGGUGCCAGUUUUCAUUAUAUCUUUCAAGGAGAAGAUUAAGGAAAUAGUGAACAUGCUGACUGCCAGGUUACCUGGGAAACCAGGUGCUGAUGAGUCUCAAACUGUUCAAGUCCACGUGGGCCUGGCUUUGGGGAUGUUUCUCGCUCGUUUGUGUGAAGAAAAAGUCAGUGAUAUAUCCGGCCACCAGAUAAACAUUAUUUUGAUGAGAUCCCUCGACAUGUUGGAAAACUGCUGCUUUGACACUAAUCUGGAGUACAACUCCGGCUGUAUCUUGGGAGUAGGACUUGUCCUAUCCUAUAUGAGCCACAGCAGCCAAACAGAAUCCCGAGUUCAUGUCACUGCAACUCUCCGGAAGCUCUCUUCAUAUCUGAGUGAUAGUGAGGGCCAAAGCAGAACAAUUCAAGAGGUUCUCGCAUACUCCCUGAGCUGUGUCUGCAUUUCAGCUUUCAGCGUAGGCAUCAUUGAAGCAGCAGAGGCUGAAGAUGUGAUGAACAAGAUUCGGAUGCUAACAGAAAAGAAUCAGCAGACCCCAGGAUUUGCCUUAGCAUUAGGAAAUAUAGUCCAUGGUUUGUCAGUGUGUGGACAUGGAAAAGCAGAAGAUUUGAGUAACAAACUUCUUCCUCCCUGGAUAAAGAUUGUUCUUACAGAGGGAUCUCCCACAAUGCAGUGCCUGGCUGCACUGAAUGGUCUGGUUUCCUUGGUGGGUUCUGAAGGAGUUCUGUUUCAGAUGAAAUCAGAUCCUAUCCAAUCCUCUCAGUUUCAAGGCAAAUUAAAAGAAGUCAUCAGAACCAUCAUUCAGCUUACCAGUUUAUCUGCAGUUAUUGGUGUGCAGUCAAAUGCAGUCUGGCUUCUAGGACAUCUUCACCUAUCCAGCCUGUCCACAAAUCAGAGCAGAGCAUCUGUUCCUGCUGACUUUAGCUACUUGUCUGAAAACAGUUUUAUCAGAGCGGCCAUUGACUUUCUCAUUGAUGGAGGAAAGAAAGGUCCCGAAUCUGUCCCCACUUCCUGUGUGAAAACAGUGAUGAAACCCAUAGUAACUGUUGGAAAAAGCUACCAAUAUCCUCCAGUGAACUGGGCUUCACUUCUCUCCCCUCUUUUGAGGCUGAACUUUGGUGAAGAGGUGCAGCUCCUGUGCAUCCAGCUUAUGGUGACCCAGGCCCAGUCAUCCCAGAAUGCCGCCAUGUUGUUGGGGAUGUGGGUCAUACCACCUCUGGUUUACAGCCUGAGUGUGAAAUCCAGAAAAUACCUUUUUGGUUCUUUGUCACUGUGGAUGAAAUAUGUCUCGGCGGAGCAGCUGCAGGUUUUCACCAAAGUGUUUAUUGUCCAACAUUUUGAAGCCAAGAACCGUGACCAAAAUCCUGAGCUGUGCCAGGAGAGCUUAGAAGGACUUAGCCAGGCAAUGAAGCUUCCCAACCCAGCACAGCACCUCUGGAAUCCUCUGUGCCAGACUGCUGAGAAAAUAUUUGACAUUUUGCCAAAUAAGAUUCAGAGAAAUGAAGUAGACCUGUAUGUCAUGAUAGCAAAAUGCCUUGCUGAAAUGACCGACGCUGAGGUUAAUCGGAUUUUCCAGAUUACCAAGAGCAACGUAGAGAAGACUGUCUUUGUCCGAGUAUAUUUAAUCUCUCAAGGUCGAUUUUCCUUGAUGUGUUUGAAUAAUGUAAUUGAUGCUGUUGUUGAGUGUGACCAGAGAGAAACAGUUGCCUGGAUAAUAUUGCACAGUUUCUACCAUGCACGAAUUGUAAGCCAUCCAAAUACAGGAGUGUUGAAGAGACUGGAGUGGAUGCUGGAACUAAUGGGGAUUAUUAGAAGUGUUGCUUACCAGUCAAAACCUGUUCAGAAUGUGACUCUUGAAGAGGCUGUUGACUUCCUGUUCCAGAUCUUUGCUGCUUUGGUGGUUGCCUGGGGUGACCAUGCUACUCCACUUCUCCUUGGCUUCAGUGCUAGUUGGUUAUCUUGGCAUAAGGACCGUGGGGAAAGUAGCUUGGCAGCAUGUUCUCCCAACUAUCUUGGCCAGAGUCCACUCAACAGGCUCACCUUGAAAGAGACUCUCACCCUCCUUCCCAACAGUAUGCACCUUUUACUUGCCAAAGAGCCGUGGAAAGAGCAAACACCAAAGUUCAUUGAUUGGCUAUUCAGUAUCUUGGAAAGCCCUAAAGAAGCACUCUCAGCAAGUACCAGAGAUAUUUUGAAAGCCACACUUCUGACCCUGAGAUUUCUACCCGAGUUUAAGAGGAAAGUAGUAUGGACCAGGGUAUGUGGUUGGUAGCCACUUUUCAGCAUCUCAUCGGACAGAGAAAAAGCCACAAAUUCAGAAGAAAUUCUUCAAACCAGGUGUUCAUAUUAUCAUAAAUGUAAUGGCAAAGAUAUAUAACUAAUUGGCUGGCUGGGCAGCACAUGUAGAAGCAAAUUUUGGACUGAAAUAGUAACUUGAAUUCUCUUUAUUGUAUAGUUUGGGUAAGCUGCAUGGUCUUCUUGUAGUCAAAGGCCUUACAAUAUCUCCGGCACAUAACCAAAGUAAAAGAAUCUUGCAAAUGA